CGAGAGCGAGAGAGAGAGAGAGAAACCGAUCAGGCCGUCGCGCGCUCGCCCGCCGGAGAGGAGGAGGAGCGCGCGAUCGCACGGAGGCGGGAGGGGCGGACGCUGGUUGGGUUGGUUUGGUUUGGUUUGUGCGGGCCGGGAACAGCCGCCAUGGCGCGCGGCGGGGGCGGGUGCUGCCCGCCGAUGGAUCUGAUGCGGUCGGAGGCGAUGCAGCUGGUGCAGGUCAUCAUCCCCACGGAGUCGGCGCACCUCACCGUCUCCUACCUCGGCGAACUCGGCCUCCUUCAGUUGAAAGACCUAAAUGCAGAAAAGAGCCCGUUUCAGCGAACGUAUGCUGCCCAGAUUAAAAGGUGCGGCGAAAUGGCUCGCAAAUUAAGGUUUUUCAAAGAACAAAUGUCCAAAGCUGGCAUAUCAACGUCUACACAAUUAACUGAAAUUUCUCUGGACUUUGAUGAUUUGGAGAUAAAGCUUGGAGAGCUGGAAGCUGAACUAGCAGAAGUUAAUGCAAAUAAUGAAAAGUUACAGCGGACCUACAAUGAGCUGUUGGAAUACAGUACUGUUCUUCAAAAGGCUGGUGAAUUUUUCUAUUCAGCUCAAAGAAGUGCUGCAGCGCAGCAGAGAGAAAUGGAGGCAAAUCAAUCUGGUGAUACUUCACUAGAGAGCCCUCUGCUGGAGCAGGAUAUGUUAACAGAUGCUUCAAAACAAGUGAAGCUGGGCUCACUAAGUGGUCUUGUACCAAAGGAAAAGGCGAUGGCUUUUGAACGUAUCUUAUUCCGUGCCACGAGGGGAAACAUUUUCCUAAGACAAGAGUCUAUUGACGAACCUGUCACUGACCCAGUCUCCGGAGAAAAGGUUGCCAAAAAUGCAUUUGUUGUUUUCUACUCUGGCGAUAGAGCAAAAGCCAAAAUUCUGAAGAUAUGUGAUGCAUUCAAUGCAAAUCGUUACCCAUUUCCAGACGAUGUUGCUAAGCAAUUACAUACUGUUCGGGAGGUAUCUGCAAAGAUAUCAGAGUUAAGGGUAACAAUUGACAUGGGGUUAGCACACCGUGACAAUAUAUUGAGAAGUAUUGCAUCUGAGUUUGAGAAUUGGAACCGUCUGGCAAAUAAGGAAAAAUCAAUUUACCACACUUUGAACAUGUUGAGUGUUGAUGUGACAAAGAAAUGCUUAGUUGGUGAGGGCUGGAGUCCAGUUUUCGCAACAACUCAGAUCCAAGAUGCGCUUCAGCAGGCUACUCUUGAUAGCAAAUCCCAAGUUGGUUCGAUUUUUCAAGUUCUCAACACAACAGAAUCUCCCCCAACAUAUUUCCGGACAAAUAAGUUUACUUCAGCUUUCCAGGAAAUUGUUGAUGCAUAUGGUAUAGCGAAAUAUCAAGAAGCAAAUCCUGGUGUAUUCACUGUUGUCACUUUUCCUUUCUUAUUUGCUGUCAUGUUUGGAGAUUGGGGCCAUGGAAUUUGCUUAUUAGUUGCAACACUCUAUCUGAUUAUUCGAGAGAAGAAACUUGCUUCACAGAAACUUGGAGACAUAAUGGAGAUGAUGUUUGGUGGGCGCUAUGUUAUUAUGAUGAUGGCGCUCUUUUCAAUCUACACAGGAUUAAUAUACAAUGAAUUCUUCUCUGUUCCAUUUGAGCUUUUUGGUAAAUCUGCUUAUGCAUGCCGUGAUCCUUCUUGUGGAGAUGCUGCAACUGAAGGAUUACUUAAGGUAAGACGGGCAUACCCUUUUGGUGUGGACCCUGUAUGGCAUGGCAGCCGUAGUGAGUUGCCGUUUCUCAACUCACUGAAAAUGAAGAUGUCAAUUCUUCUUGGAGUUGCACAAAUGAACCUUGGAAUUGUGAUUAGUUACUUCAACGCGAAAUUCUUCAGGAACAGUGUUAAUGUGUGGUACCAGUUCAUCCCCCAGCUGAUCUUCUUGAACAGCUUAUUUGGUUACUUAUCCAUGCUCAUCAUCAUUAAGUGGUGCACGGGGGCAAAAGCAGAUCUGUACCAUACUAUGAUAUAUAUGUUCCUCAGUCCAACAGAUGAACUUGGGGAGAACCAAUUAUUUCCUGGACAGAAAUUAGUUCAGCUUGUUUUACUUGUGCUUGCUCUGGUGUCUGUUCCUUGGAUGCUGAUCCCAAAGCCAUUUUUCUUGAAGAGGGAGCAUGAGCGAAGGCAUCAAGGACAACAAUAUGCAAUGCUUCAGACCGCAGAUGACUCGGUUGUUGCAGAUCUGGGAGAUCAUGGUGACUCGAACCACCAUGAGGAGUUUGAGUUCAGUGAAGUUUUUGUUCACCAGUUGAUCCACACGAUUGAGUUUGUUCUUGGCGCAGUCUCAAAUACAGCUUCAUACCUUCGUCUCUGGGCUCUAAGUCUUGCACACUCCGAGUUGUCCAGUGUAUUCUAUGACAAAGUUCUCCUGCUAGCGUGGGGGUACAACAACAUUCUCAUUCGCAUUGUUGGCAUUGCCAUCUUCAUCGCUGCCACGGUCGGUGUGUUGCUUGUUAUGGAGACCCUAAGCGCUUUCCUUCACGCUUUGAGGCUUCACUGGGUGGAGUUCCAGAACAAAUUCUACGAGGGUGAUGGGUACAAGUUCGCGCCUUUCUCUUUCGACCUGAUCAGCGAGGAGGAAGACUGAGUUUGCCCUAAUUAUUGUAUCUACCGUUACCUGUAUUAUCUUGGAGCGGGUCCUUUUUCCAAAGCGUAAGUAUUUAUCACGGAAGAAGCAUAAAGUUUCCUUCAUCAGGCAAGGGACUUGCAGCAAUGCAGCAUUAUUUUUGCUUUGCUCAUUCGUGGCAAGAUUAUUUUUGGGAGCGGUUGGUAGCUUAUAUACCCUUAUUUCGGUGUAAUGCUAAUAAGUAAUAACGAGUGCUGCACUCGGCGUUGCCGUUUGGGCGAUGAGUAUUUCUGCACAUAAAUAAACAAUUGUAUCAAAUGUUAAUAUUCCAUUGAGUUCUUUUGUCAAUAAAGAGUGCAGUAUACAUACUCUUU